AUGGAAGGGCAAGAUAGAGUUCUAGCCACAGCUCAGCAAAUUGUAAAGAGUCUAAACAUGAAUACACAAGCAACGGAAGACAUGAUCUUGAUCCUUUCUCGAUUUGAUAAUCGGUUGUCAAACAUCUCCGAUUUGAUGGACGGCGGUGCCGAUGAUAGCAAAACUAGGAAUCAAUUUGAUAGAGCCGAGAAGAUUAUUCUUGAACAUGAUCCAGGCGGUGCCGGUAAUCCGUCGUCGAGGAAUUCGUUGCCCUGGGAGGAAUGUCCUGAAGAGGCUUCAGAGUACUUGGCCGCGGUUGAUCUGAUUAUUCAGUUGACGGAAGGUCUGAAUGUCGAAUCGGAGGAAGACGAUGACGUCAUGGAUCGAGCUGAGAACGCGCUGCAGCUGGCUAUGUCGAGGCUCGAGGACGAGUUUCGUCAUAUUUUGAUCCGUAACACUGUUCCUCUAGACGCAGAUCGGUUGUACGGAUCUGUCCGUUCAGUUUCACGCUCCUUUACCUUCAACAAUGGCGAAAUAGGUGACGAAGUAGAGAGUUUUCGAGAGGACGAACAAGAAGGGAGCGGCUAUCAUCACGAGAGAGGUGCAAGCUUAGGCGGUGAUUUUUGUGUGGAUUUGAUUCGUGUUGAAGCAAUAGAGGAGCUUAAAGACAUCGCUGAUCGGAUGAUUAGGUCAGGCUACGAAAAAGAGUGCUGCCAGGUAUACAGUAACGUCCGCCGUGAUGUUCUGGAUGAGUGUUUGUCGAUUCUCGGCGUGGAAAGGCAUAGCAUCGAAGAGGUACAGAGAAUUGAAUGGAAGAUUUUGGAUGAAAAAGCCAAGAAAUGGAUCUUAGCUAUCAAAGUUGUAGUUAGGGUUCUCUUAUUUGGGGAAAAGCGUUUAUGUGAACAGGUCUUCAACGAAUCAGAACUUAUUCAAGAACUCUGCUUUGUUGAAACGACAAAAGGUUGCGUGAUGCAGCUCUUGAACUUUGGUGAGGCAGUAGCCAUUGGUGCAAGAUCUUCAGAGAAACUAUUUCGAAUUCUUGACAUGUACGAAGUUCUUGUAGAUGCUUCACAAGAUUUAGAAGCUUUAUAUGACUCUGGAGAAUUAGUUUGCAGCGAAGUGAAGGGAGUUUUGAAAGGACUCAGCAUGUCAGCUGUAGGGACAUUUGUUGAAUUUGAGAAAGCUGUAAAGGCUGAAACCUCUAAACCUAUCCAUGGUGGUGACAUUCAUCCAAUAACCCGUUAUGUCAUGAAUUACAUGAAAUUACUAGUGGAUUACAGUGACACAUUAAACUCCCUCUUACCAGAUGACUCUGGUUCAUCACAAAUUGACAAUGGUGAAUGUGUUGCAGCUAUCUCCCCUGUAGGAACCCGUCUACAGUUACUGAUCACUUCUUUGGAGUCAAACAUUGAGGAAAAGUCAACAUUAUAUGAAGAUGGUGCAAUGAGGUACAUAUUCUUGAUGAAUAACAUUCUUUACAUUAUUCAAAAAGUAAAAGAUUCAGAGCUUCGAACACUCAUGGGUGAUCAAUGGAUUCGCAAACGACGUGGCAAGAUUCGUCAAUGGCACACAAGUUAUCUGAGAGCAGCAUGGAGCAAAGCUUUGUUGUGUCUGAAAGAUGAAGGAAUUGGUGGGAGUUCAAGUGCUUCCUUCAAGGUGAUUCUUAAAGAAAGAUUUAAGAACUUUAAUCUGUGCUUUGAAGAUAUUUAUAGGUUACAAUCAGCUUGGAAGGUUCCAGAUAAUCAACUAAGGGAGGAACUUAGGAUUUCUAUAUCAGAGAAAGUUCUUCCUGCAUAUCGUGCUUUUUUGGGGAGAUUUGGGAGUCAAUUAGAGAGUGGAAGACAUGGAGGGAAGGUGGAUGCAUCACUCUUGCAAAGUUCAAGACUUGUCCACCUUUCUGCUGAUCAAGAAAAAGAAAAAAAAUAGAAUUUUGAUACUAACAGGAGCUGUUAGCCUGUGACUGUGAAAGCAUAUUUUGAAAAAGGAGAAUAUUAUAAUAAUAUUUUUGAACUAUAUUAUCUUGCACUUGUUGACAACAUCUGCAUAUUAUUAAGGCUAUAGUGUUCUACAUGACCACCCCGAGAUAA